UCAGCUUAAUUCAAUUUAGACGGUUAACUCUUUUGAAGUAAAUAUAAUAAUUUUACAAAAAAAAAAUUAAUAUACUUAAUUAUAUUUAAAAGAUAUAUUAUGAAUUAACAAUAUACAUUAGAAGGUUCUACUUAUGAAGUAAAAUAUAUUUAUUACAUACAUUAAGAUGAAAGGACAUGGAAGUGAUACUAAAAAUAAAAGUGUUUCUAAAUGGUAUGAGGAAUUUCCUAAAGCAGAAGUGCCUUAUAAGCACGCAAAAUCAGAUUUUGAAGUACUGAAUUUAAAAGAGGAAGGAAAGAAGUAUCUCAGUGCAGAUACUUCAGCUUUCCAAUUAAAACAAUCACACUCUAAAAAUUCAGAAGUUAUGUGGUUAAAAACAGCAUUAACACGUGGUACAACUUCUGAUAAAGUUGCAGCUGCAGUUGUUUUGAUACAAGAUAAUCCAAAAUAUAAUCUUGUCCAACUAUCAUCUCUUAUUUCGCAAGUAAAAGCUGCUAAACACAAUCAAUGCAACAUGAUUAUUACUGCUUUAAGAGAUCUUUUUUUAUCCGACUUACUUCAUCCUAAAUAUAAACUCUUAAAAUUUGAAGAACAAGAUUUAGAUAAAAUAGAAAACUUGGAGAUAUCAGAUCAAAUAAAUAAGAUAGAUGGAUCCAGAAAAAAAUUAUUGGCACAUUGGUAUUUUGAAGAUCAAUUGCGUGAACAAUAUGAAAAUUUUGUUUUAUCACUUGCUAAUAUUGCCUCAGACACAGUGGAAACAAAUCGUGAGAGAGCAAUAUCUGUGAUGACAGAUUUGUUAAUUGGAAAUCCUGAACAAGAACAUAAAUUAUUAGAAUUAAUUGUAAAUAAAAUAGGUGAUCCACACUGCAAAGUAGGUUCAAAAGCUGUAUUCUGUUUACAAAAAUUGUUAUAUGAACAUUCCAAUAUGAAAUUUGUCAUAUUAAAAGAAGUUGAAAAGUUAUUAUUCAGAAAGAAUGUGGGACAACGUGCACAAUAUUAUGCAAUUUGUCUCCUAACUCAAUUUGUAUUGACAAAAGCAGAUGAUGAAGUUGCUACUUCUCUUAUAGAAGUAUAUUUUGCAUUCUUUAAAGCAUGUUUGAAAAAAGGAGAGCCAGACAGCAGAAUGAUGGCAGCAAUCUUAACAGGAGUUAGCAGAGCAUAUCAUUUUGCAAAAAUAGAUUCAGAUUUAUUACGUGAUCAUAUUGACUCUGUAUAUAAAGUUAUACAUAUUGGAUCUUUUAAUGUUUCAUUAAAUGCCCUUAAUCUUUUAUAUCAUGUUGAGGGAACAAGUAAAGAUCAAUCGAACAGGUUUUAUUCAGCUUUCUAUAGAAAACUAUUGGAUCCACAAAUAGGUAUAGCAAAUAAACGUGCAGUUUUCUUAAAUCUAUUAUAUCGUGUCCUUCAAAAUGAUCAGAGUUUGUUACGCUUGUAUGCUUUUAUAAAACGGAUAUUACAAAUUACAUUGUACUUUCCUGCAAAUAUGGCUUGUGCUACUUUAUAUGUAAUAUCCAAAGUUCUACAAUCGCGUAAGGAUUUAAAGUACUUUUUGUUACAUUCCCAAAAUUCCAUUAAAAUAGAAAAUAAUUUCUCUAAUGCAAAAGAGAAUGAUUCAUCAAAAAAUAAAGAAAUUAUUAAUAUUGAUGAAAAUGAGCCUACGGUUUCACCAGAAAUAGAUUCAAAUAUUAUGAUGAAUGUUACCAUCGAUACUACAGUAAAUUUACCAAAACAGGAUAUUGAUGUGAAACAGGAUAUUGAUCCAGACAUUAAAGAUUUUACAGAAAAGCCAUAUAAUCCAUUUUGUCGUAAUCCUUUAUAUGCCAAUGCAAUGAAAAGCUUACAUGCUGAACUUGUAUCAUUGUCUAAACAUUUCCAUCCAAGUGUGUCUUUAUUUGCAAAUUCAAUUAUUCAAGAGAAAACUAUUAAUUAUACUGGAGAUCCUUUGGAAGAUUUGACAUUAAUACGAUUUUUAGACAGAUAUGUCUUUAAAAAUCCUAAAAAAUUAGAAAGUAAGAAGGUACAAAAAAAGAAUGAUCCAUUGGCACAGCGUAGUGGUUAUCUACCAAAAGGUGUACGCUCUCUUCCUGUUGAUAGCAUAGCAUAUCUUAAUGAGGCAGAAGAGCGUAUCCCAGUAGAUGAAUUAUUCCUUUAUCGUUAUCUAAAAAGGAAAAACGAAUCUACAAAUGUGUAUAAUGAAAAAGACUCUGACAAUGAAAGUGUUAAUAGUGAAGAAUUCAAUGAAAUGUUAGAUAAAUUUAGUACCAAUGAAAAUUUGGAUGACUUGGAUAUUGCUGCAGCUAUUGGAAAAAUAAAAAAUAAAAAAGAUGAUGAAAUAGAUGAUCUUGAAAAUAGCGAACAUAUGGAAGAUGAAGAAAAUGAUGUUAAUAGCGGUACUGAAUCGGAAGAUAUUGAUGAAGAAAGUGAUAAUAGUUUGGAUGAUAUAGAUGAUUCAGAUAUAGCAGAUAUAGAAGAUGAAGAUCUAAGUGAUAUAUAUUUUAGUGAAGGUAGUGACAAUAAUGAUGAUGAUCUAAGUGGAGUUACGUUAAAUAUAAAAAAUAAACACAUCAAGGGUAAUGAUCCAAUUAGACAGCAUAAGGUAAAAAAGAAUAAUAAAAAGAAUCUAAACGAUAUAUUUGUAUCCGCCGAAAAAUUUUCGCAAAUGUUGGAAGAACAAAGUCGAACGAAAAAUAAACAUGGUAGUACAAAUGCAUUUAAUACAAUGGAUGGUGCUACUUCUAAACAAAUAGAUUGGGAAACAAAAAGGAAUCAAAAACUAACUAGAUCUUUUGACAGAAAAAAACGGAAACACGUCAAAAUAUUGAACAAUAAAAACAAUAAAAAGAUUAAACGAUAAUAACAAUCAUUGUAUUCAUUUUUGUAUAUUUUGUAAGUUAUCUUAUUUUUGUAAAGUAUUGGUAUGAUUAAAUAGAUGUGUGCUCGUAAA